AGCAGCAAGCCGCUCCAUCCGCUUCCACAGCGUGGAAGCUUUGUUCUUUCACUGUUUGCAGUAAAUCUUGCUGUUGCUCACUCCAUGCUGCCUUAGUAGCUGUAACACUCAUGGGGAAGGUCUGCAGCUUCAUUCCUGAGCCAGCGAGAGCAGGAACCCACCAGAAGGAAGAAACUCUGAACACAUCUGAACAUAAGAAGGAACAAACUCCAGACGCGCUAUCUUAAGAGCUGUAACACUCACCGGAAGGGUCCGCAACUUCAUUCUUGAAGUUGCUAUGGCCACAGGCAAAGAGGAGAGGUCGGUCAACACAGGUCCCUGUCUGGAAAGCGGCUGAGAACUGUGCAACAGCAGACCAAUGGUUGGGCUUAUCCCUCUCUCUAAUUUAUGGUUGAAGCCAUGGUUCAGAGAGGUUACUUAGUCACACACAAGAGACAGAGCGACAUGAGAGAUUGGACCGCGGGCUGCACUGGAGAAUUUACUGGUAGGAUAAUUCAUCCCUAAAGAGAUUGAAGUGAGCUUCAGAAUGGCAAAAGAGGAGCCCCAGAGUAUCUCAAGGGACUUGCAGGAACUGCAGAAGAAGCUGUCUCUGCUGAUAGACUCCUUCCAGAAUAACUCAAAGGUGGUGGCCUUUAUGAAGUCUCCAGUGGGUCAGUACUUGGACAGCCAUCCGUUUCUGGCCUUCACCUUGCUGGUGUUCAUUGUCAUGUCGGCCGUUCCUGUUGGAUUCUUCCUGCUCAUCGUGGUGCUUACCACCCUGGCUGCUCUGCUGGGGGUCAUAAUAUUGGAAGGAUUGGUCAUCUCUGUGGGUGGCCUCUCACUGCUCUGCAUCCUCUGUGGUUUGGGCUUCGUAUCACUCGCCAUGUCGGGGAUGAUGAUAGCAUCUUAUGUAGUGGUCUCCAGCCUCAUCAGCUGCUGGUUUUCUCCCAGGCCACUGACACAGCAAAACACCAGUUGUGACUUUCUGCCAGCCAUGAAGUCUGCAGACUUCGAGGGGCUUUACCAGGAAUGAGUGACUGCUCAGAGGCCGGGCUUCUUUUCAAGUACUGCUGGAUCAUACUCACCCCUUGGGAUUAUGGCUUAGAAGAAGGGGGCUGGGUAGGCAAGCACUCCUUGGCUGUGUCCUCUCGCUUUUUCACUUACUUGUAGGAUCCCGCAGCGGCCAAUUUAGGGAUUGUGUUGUUCUUGUGUUGGUUCCCAUGUAAAGAAGCAGCAGAGAAAUGCGAUGGUUCAACAGCUCGCCCUGCCCCAAGUAUGCAGACUUGACCUUGGCGGGGUCCUGGGCUUCUAGAGUCUAGCCCGUUGACCCCAGAGCCUCAGGGCUUAUGUGCAACGGUCCCAUUGGGAGCAACAGUGAUUGUUUAUAGUUUUUUGUUUUCAGAAAUGAGGGCAGCUGUUAAUUUUUUCACUCAUGUGAAACAAAAUGAAAAAAAAAAAAUCCAAAACAGAACAAGCCCUUCUGUGGUAUUUGCUUUUUAUCAGAAAGAACAGCAACAUUUGGCCUCUCCAAGUUGGAAAAUAGAGUCCAAAUGUAACUUUGUGGCCAAGAGUAUUUUCAAAAAAGUCUAAAGGUGUAGUUUCCACUGUAACUGUUGAGUACUGUUAAGUACUGUUAAUCUUUUACAUAUUUGCACUUGGUACUGUUGUAUUGUUCUAAAGAGCUUGUCCUUUAAGUAAUUUCUUUCUUUUUUUUUUGCGACGGAGUUUCCCUCUUGUUGCCCAGGCUGGAGUGCAACGGUGCAGUCUCGGCUCACUGCAACCUCCAACUCCCAGGUUCAAGUGAGUCUCGUGCCUCAGCCUCCCAAGUAGCUGGGAUUACAGGCACCCGCCACCGUGCCUGGCUAGUUUUUUUUUGUAUUUUUUUUAGUACAGAUGGGGUUUCACCAUGUUGGUCAGGCUAGUCUCAAACUCCUGACCUCAGGUGCUCCACCUGCCUUGGCCUCCCAUAGUGCUGGGAUUACAGGCGUGAGCCACUGUGCCCAGCCUAAGCCAUUUCUUAAAAUAAAAAUGCUAAAGGACUAGUAAGUAAAAAUAAAACUUCCUAUGGGAUUUCCCAGUGGAA